ACUGCAGGAAAUCUGGCCACAGGCCCUGGCAAAUGAUCUGCCAGGGGCAGCAGGACAGUGAUAAGACCAAAACUCCACCCUGAUAGUGAAACUCACCCAGGCUAUCCAAGGCUUUUGCUAGGGAGGAACCACCUGGCAACCCUGCUAGAGCCUGCAAAGUUGUGUUCUGAGAGCCCGCUGAAGAACUUAAGAAAACUGUUGUCAUUGCCUGCGACUGUAGUCCUCCCAUCUUAGGCCUGGUGCCACUGAAUGGAAGUGGAGUGAGAGGGCCUGUAUCCUGCCAGAAGAGGUCUGUCUGAGAAGGCACCUGCCUGCUGGUUCCAGUAAUUCAAGCGUCUGGUACUGUCCAUCCCAAUCUUCAGACUGUGUGGCUGGGCUGGGGCUGCAGCAUCAUCUUAGCAGACUCCGUGAACACUUCAACUGCAGUGAGUUGGAUCCUUGCUCUCUGUUUGAAGCUGCCAUAUGCCUCAUUGGCAGGACAGCACCAUCUUAAAUGAGCAAGAUUUUAUUUGGAACUUCUGGAAAGUUGGGCAUUACCUAAGAGUCAUCAAGAAAUGGGGACCUGGAUUUUAUUUGCUUAUUUCCUGGGAGUAGCCUUCAGUAUGCCUCUACCACCUCAUCCUGGACACCCUGGUUAUAUCAACUUCAGUUAUGAGGUGCUUACUCCUCUGAAAUGGUACCAGAACAUGAUAAGACAACCGUACCCUUCCUAUGGUUACGAACCCAUGGGUGGAUGGCUGCACCACCAAAUCAUUCCCGUGCUGUCCCAGCAGAAUCCCCCGAAUCACGCCCUGCAGCCUCAUCACCACAUCCCCAUGGUGCCAGCUCAGCAACCCGUGGUCCCCCAGCAACCAAUGAUGCCCGUUCCCGGCCAACACUCCAUAACUCCAACCCAACACCACCAGCCCAACCUCCCCGCACCCGCCCAGCAGCCCUACCAGCCCCAGCACGUCCAGCCGCAGCCUCACCAGCCCAUGCAGCCCCAACCACCCAUGCACCCCAUCCAGCCCCUGCCGCCACAGCCACCUCUGCAUCCGAUGUUCCCCAUGCAGCCCAUGCCCCCCCUUCUUCCUGAUCUGCCUCUGGAAGCCUGGCCCUCAACGGACAAGACCAAGCGCGAAGAAGUGGAUUAAGGGAUCAAAAAGUGGGAGAACUAAGCUAGAUAUUUUAGUUGCUUUAAAGAAAACACAGAAAACAGUGAUUUGUGCCUACAAUGUGUUUAAUAAUAAAUUCUGUAACUCAAGAUAAAUACCAG